CUACAAUGGCAACUGCCAUCCUCAAACUACUAGUCCUUGUGCUACUGGCCCUUGGGGCCCGUGGAGACGAUCACGAUCACGACCACGAUUCGUCUCCAGGUCUGGAGGAACUCAUUCGUGAUCUUCACCUGCGGCUGAACCUGAUGUCGCUGGAGUUCCACGAGCAGAUGGAGCAGCUGGUCACCGAGCAGCAGCUUUUGCGCCAAUCCGUUGAGAAGCUUAACUGGGUGGUUGAUCGGGUUGACCAGUCCAUGAGGAACAUCGAGAAUAACCACGAUGUUGUGAUGCGAAAUCUUUCUCAUGUAACGAGCCAAUCUGAUGCCAUAAUGGUCAACCAGCAGUUCUGUGCCAACCACGACCGUUUGAGAGAUUUGUACUUCGAGACGGUCCCGAGAUGUCAGGGACCUCCGCUACCUCCAGUUACGACCGAGCCUCCUCCAACCACAACUGAAAAUCCAACGAUCUACAGUUCUUGCCGGGAUGCUCCGCCGAUAUCCGGAGUGUACACCAUUGCGCUGCAGGGUGGCUACCUGGCCAAGGUAUUCUGCGAGCAGGAACUUCUCGGCGGAGGUUGGCUUGCGUUCCAAAGUCGACUGGACGGUUCGGUGGACUUUAACCGUAGCUGGUUCGACUACCGGAAUGGAUUUGGAAACGCCAGUGGCGAGUACUGGCUGGGGCUGGAUAAUCUGUUCAUGCUGACAAGUUCAUCUGUUGAACUGUUGAUCGAUAUGGAGGACUUUGCGGGAAAUUCGCAGUACGCGCUAUAUUCGGCGUUCCGAAUUGAUGGCGAAGCAAACAAUUAUAUGCUGCAUAUGGGUGGAACGUUUUCUGGAACGGCUGGAAAUGCGUUAUCUUCAUAUUUUGCUGAGCGAUUUGCCACAUUUGAUAAUAAGCCAAAUUCCAAUCAUGGUUCAUGUGCUGACAUAUUGGCCAGCGGAUUUUGGCAUUACGAUUGUGGAUUAGCUAGAGAACGCAACAACUUGAACGGCAUCUACGGAUUCGACAAGGGUCAGCAAGGCAUUUGGUGGGGAACAUUCAACGGCGCAUCGUCCCAGAAUCGCGCACCCUUGAAGAGAGUCAGAAUGAUGAUUCGUAGCCCUGGUACUUUUGGUGAACAGGUUGAGUGGUUCGAUGGUCCGAAAAACUAACAGUGAUUAUAUGGUGAUUUAACAAUUGAAGGAAAUGUAAUGAAAAAAUCACAAAUGUGAAA